AUGGACCGAAUAUUGCAACGAUGCGGCUUAGGUGAUAAUACGUACAUUUCUAAAGGUUUGUUAAAAGAGCCUACAGAUAUGAGCGCGGAAGCUGCUAUGGAAGUGGUGGAGAGGGCGGUGUUCGGAGUCAUAGAUGAACUUCUGAUGAAAACUGGAGUACAAUGUGAGAAUAUCAGCAUAUUGGUUACUGUUUGUGGUGUAUUCAAUAUUAUGCCAUCACUUUCCAGUGUCAUAGUGAGGCGUUACAACCUGAGACAUGAACACCGCACCUAUAAUAUUACUGGAAUGGAAUGCACCGCUGGUCUUGUUGCCUUAGGCCUUGUCCAAAAUCUGCUCAAGAUACAUGGUAAUUCCUAUGCUUUACUGGUGAGUACCGAUAGCCUCACAGAAAACGUAUACAAGGGAAAUGAUCGGUCAAAAUUGUUGAGCAAUUGCAUAUUCCGCGUUGCUGGGGUCGCCUUUCUCCUCUCCAACAAACCGUCAGAUCAGAAUACCUCCAAGUAUGAGUUCAUCCGCACCAUCCGUUCUCAAACCUCGAACAAUGAUCGUUCCUACAACUAUAUUUUCAUGGAAGAAGACGUCGAAGGACAUUUAGGAAUCACAAUCAACAAAGAUCUCUUCUACGCGGCUAUCAAAACCAUACGAUUAAACAUAUCCAUUAUUGCUCCCCUAGUUCUUCCUCUAUCUGAAAAAUUUUGUUACUUCAUAAAUCUUAUAGUGCGACGCUUUCUCUUGAGAAGCAAUGUGGAGCCUUAUAAUCUUUAUUUAUCCAAAACCAUAGAUCACUUCUUGUUAGGGUUUUUACCAUGA